ACCAGUUCGUCUGGUUUGUCUGCAGGUAUUUCUGAAGUGAAGGAGAAAUCACAGCUCCUCAGAACAGACAUCAGCUGUGACAGGACGGUCAACCCGAGCUUUCACAUCACACAACACACAGAAGUCAUCAUGGCCUCUUCCAAAGUGGUCAUCCGGCAGCCUCAGCCUCAGAUGAUCUCCCAAGUCUCAAACGACUGGCACUCAGGAAUAUGUGACUGCUGUGAUGACGUACCAGAGUGUUGUUUUGCUUUCUGGUGCUGCCCCUGCUUUGCCUGUAAAACCUCCAGAGAUUACGGUCAGCCCCUCUGUCUCCCCCUGCUGGAGAUCUUUGGCGGCCUAGUCCCACCCAUCACCAUGUCCAUGAGGGUCCAAAUGCGAGAGCGCUACGGCAUCAAAGGCACUAUGUGCAGGGACUGUGUGUACGCCACCUUCUGCACCUCCUGCACCUGGUGUCAGAUGUCCAGAGAGAUGAAGAGGAGGAAGUUUCAAGUGGUCCUCGUCAGCGCCAAACAGACAUGACCUCUCUCCUCUCCUCCAUUACCACCAAAAUGAUUUCAAUGAACCCCAAACCUUCUUCUUCUUUUAACCACAAGGCCAACGACUGAAGCUCAGCUGACUGAAGAGCCAAACAUGUCUGCCUAAAUUAUUUUCAUCUGUCCCUUUAAAACUCUGUCUUUCUGGGGUAUAUAUCUGACUCUUGCUGUAUUUAGUAGACUUAUAGACGACUUCUCCUAAGAAGCAGUAAAAAAGAUAAUUAGACUGCCUGGGAGGGAUUUAGUCAACAGUCUUAAAGUUUAAUACUUUUAAAGGUCAGUUUUUAGUACUUGUAAGAGACAAUAAUAACAUCAAUACUCAGGGAAUCUGCUUUGUAAAUGUUGUUAAAAUUUUUAUCAUGAUAUAUAAAAUAAAUAAAUGACUGUCUAGAUUGUUUACUUACAUAGUUCAUUGUAAAAAAGCAGCCUGAACUGAAUAAUUGAAGCCGCCUUUGCAAAUAUAAAAAUCCUUUAUAUGUUUAGACUCAAAUGAGUCUUGAUAAGGACAUGCCUGUUAAAUAAAGGGUUUUUAUCCUGCCUCAGAGUGCCUCAUUUUUUCAGUUUAGGAUGCUAGUUUUCACCAUGAACUUUUCAGCUAACCCGUCAUUCUGUAAUUUGACCUCCGUCCCUUAUCCUUGAAAAGAACUUCCCAUCAUUUUUCAUUUUCCAACCCAUGCAUGCAUUAUAAUGCACUUUUAUGAAAUCUGUCCAUGUUACAAUCAGUACACUAACAUUAAGGUACUUCAAAA